CCCGGACCUGUGCUCACACGCCGGGGGCGAGCGAUGAGCCGGGAGCUCAGCUGCUGUAAUGGAGCCGCGGCCUCGGGCGGCCCCGGGAGAUCCAGGCAGGUCCAGGAGGAGAGCCCGAGCGGCCCGGUUCUGAAUGGGAACGCGGAGGGGAGCGGGGUCGGAGGGCCGGCCACGGCAGAGGUACAGAUGUGCCAGCUGGUCUUGCCCUGCCACGCCAACCACCAGGGCGAGCUGGACGCAGGGCAGCUGCUGAAGUGGAUGGACAUCACUGCGUGCCUGGCAGCUGAAAGGCAUGCUGGGAUACCCUGUGUCACUGCUUCCAUGGAUGACAUCCAGUUUGAGGAGACAGUGAGAGUUGGUCAAGUUAUCAACAUCAAAGCCAAAGUUAACAGAGCUUUCAACACCAGCAUGGAGGUUGGCAUCCGUGUUUCAGUGCAGGAUGUGCUCAGUGGGGUUCUGAAGAUGGUGUGCGUGGCCUUCUCUACAUUUGUGGGAAAACCUGUGGGAGCCCAGAAGGUGCAUCUGAGUCCAGUGGACUUUUCCGGUUCUGUGGAGGAGCAGCUGGAACACUCGCUGGCCUCUGAAAGGCGCAGACUCCGCCUUUACAAUGAGCAGGCAUUCAACAACCUACUGCAGGACUACCUCACCCUGAAAGGUGGGCCGCACAAGAGGAACAGCACCCCCCUGAGGUCAACAGAGACAACCAAAGUGGAGAGCAUUGAACUGGUCCUGCCGCCACACGCCAAUCACCAUGGCAACACCUUCGGAGGACAGAUUAUGGCCUGGAUGGAGAAUGCAGCCACAGUGGCGGCCAGCCGCCUGUGUGGGACUUACCCCACCCUCCGGUCCGUGGACAUGUUCAAGUUCCGGGGGCCCUCGACCGUAGGGGACAGGCUGGUGUUCAAGGCCAUGGUCAACAAUGCCUUUCAGAGCAGUGUGGAGGUGGGGGUGCGGGUGGAGGCCUAUAACUGCGAAGAGUGGACCUGGGGCACGCCUCGACACAUCAACAGUGCCUUCCUCAUCUAUCACAUGACCAGCGGCAAGGGCCCAAGCCAGACCUUCCCUGACGUCACGUUCACCGGGAAGGAUGGAGAGAGACGGUACCUUGCAGCAAUAGUCAGAAAGAGAAUUCGUAUGGCCAGAAAGCACAUCUUAUCUUACAAAGAUGAAGGGCCUCUUUCAGUUCCCUGGGACAAAAGUAAUCAGGUAUACUUGGGCUAUAACAAUGUGGCGGCUCUCACUGUCUUGGCUGGAAAACAUGGCUGGGAAGCGAGCAGCACUCACGACAAGAUUGGCAUCUUUGUGAACGAGGAGCAGGAUUCUCUGAGCAUGAAGGUGGAGAUGGAGGUCCAUGCGCCAGCCUUCCACGUCUUUUCCCAGCUCUCCGACCUCCGUCUGAGACCACAGUGGGACAAGCACUACUUGAAGUGUGAGGAGGUGGAGCAUGCAGAUGAGGAGGAGAGGGUGUACCACGUCAAGUGUCCCUCCGUCAAUGGAGGCCGAGGUCGUGACUUCGUGCUCCUGCUGUCCAAGAGACAGCCCUGCAAAGAUGGAGACCCGUAUGUCAUUGCGCUACGGUCUGUCACCAUGGCGACGGUGCCUCCCCAGGAGGGCUACACCAGGAGCGAGGCACAGUGUGCAGGAUUCCUUAUCCACAGAAAAUGGCACACUUCCUGUAAGGUGUCUUACUAUAACCAGGUGACAUCGGGUGUUUUACCCUACGUAGCAGGGAGCUUAGCUGGCUGGUCAAAAUCCAUGGAGGAAACUGCGUUGUCAUGUGUUGCAUUUCUGGAGAAGGACGUCCUCAAAACUGCCUUAUGAGACAUGCUUUUUAAAAUCGUUUUUGGUGUGGAUAAAUCCAAGCCAUCAUUGAGUAUUACUUUCAACUUUUGGAUCAUUGCAUCUUCAGCUCGAGCUCGGCAAUUGUCCUUUCCAUAGCUUACUUUGAGGCAUUGUGUACCAAAUCCUUCAAAUACAGACUAUUCAACUGAUGACACACACCCCAUUUCCUUGGUUCCAUUUGGAUAGUAAAGUGUUAUGGGUUCAAUUUGAGGGCAGGUGAAAUAAUCCCCACUUGUGUGUAUCAUUUUACCUGACAAAGGAACUUCAAGGGGAAAUACAUUUCUGUUGGUAUCCACUUAAAAGAAAAAAA